UUUGCAGGUAUGGAGGCUCUCUUCGCAAUGAAAAAGAAGAAGGAGAGGGCGCAGGCCCAGAAGAAGGAGAAGACGGAGCUCUCGGGUCAAAAGCCCAUUGAUGAGGUUUUCCCGAAGGAGACCGCAGAGCCUUCAGUUGCUGCUGCUCCUGCUACUACGGCCGGGGGCCCGAAGGCUGAUGUGGCAGCCAAGAAGAAAAAGGGGGGCAAGGGGGUGGAGCCCCCGAUCAAGAAGCAGAAGGUUGUCGGGGGCGCCGUUGAGAAGGCGGCCCCCCUCAUAGUACUCGAUGAUCAGCCCUCCGCUGACCCCCCGGCAAUUGAUACUCCGAUGGCUCAAACAGACCUUCCCCCGGGGAACCUGCCUCGGGAGAUCAUUCGGCUCUCCCUCGCUCCGGGGGCAUCUGUAUUGCACGGUUCAGCCGAGCCGAUGUCUUUCCUGAGGGGGAUUACCUCGAUGAUGGACAAAGAAGCCCUCUCCACCUAUAACGAUGACGCCCUCGAAGCCAGGGCUCUUCGAUCAGCUCUGACUGCGUGCAUAACCUUCGGUGAGGAGGCCCGAAGGCGAGAGGAGUGGUGCCGUCAUAAGGCCGAGCUAGAGAGGUCCGUGAAGGAGCUGAUUCGCGACAAGGACGCUGCCCUCCGGGAGGUGUGCAAGUUGGAGGAUGCCCUUCGGCAAGCGGAGCUGCGGCUGAAGGAGGCCAGAGAAGACGGGAAGGCCGAGGGCAGGGCUGAGGCCGAGAGGGUUGCGGCCGAGGAGAGAAAACAAGUUGCCGAGGACGCCGAGAAGGCCAAAGCUGAAGCUGCUGCCAAAGCCCGAGAAGAGGCCAUUGCUGGGUUCACCUCCGAGGGCUGGAAAGCCGAGGGCCAGAGCGAGUGGGUGGCCUCUGUGGUGAAGGCCUCGAUCGAGGAGUGGGUGAGGGGCCCCGGGCUCGACUGGAUGAAUGAGAGGGGUGACACCUACUAUCAAGCUGGCGAGUUCUUCACCCAGCACCUGGUUUACCGGAGGCUCGCCCGGCAUUUUGGCACCUCCCUGGAUGAGUUCAACCCCUCGGUGUACGGCCUCCCCCCGUUGCAGCCAGAUGUGCGGGCCCCCCUCCCCGAGGGAGAAGAGCGCCCGGUGAUUCAUGAUUCCAUGAUGAUGGGCGUCGAUGAUGAUGCUGAGGACGCCACCGGGACGGAGGUUACCUCGAAGCCAUCGGGGGAGGGUGCCCCCGGGAAUGAUGUUGUUGAUGUGUAAUAUGCGCUUAGAAAUCUCUGAACACAUUUUGUAAUGAAUAACUUUGAUCCUUCGGCUUCGGCCUGUUUGUAAUUUCACAUUUACUCUUGUUUUUGAUGAAUGCAUGCUGCCUCCGGGCUCUUCAUAUUUGAAUGCGCCUUAUGUUUUGAAU